CAACCAACCUAUCUCCCCACCAGUCAACAACCACAUACGAUGACGGAAGCAACACCAGACGAUGCGGCCGCUCAGCGCGCGGCAGAGCAAGCUCGCCUUCGCAAGGCGAAGCGCGAAGCGAAAAUCCGUGCGGGCGGCGCGUCGAGAUUGAACAAGAUCACCGGUCUCGGCGGGGGAUUCCAGCGAGAUGAUCCCGCACCGACUCCCCCUUCGACCACAUCCUCUCCAGCUCCCUCGGCCACCUCAGCCCUCCCCAAGCCCAACGUGAGCGCCGAACAUGCCGACCCCGAAGAGAUCGAUAUCUCGCAGCACUACUACGAGCCAGCCUCGACUCCCCGUCCCUCCGCCACAGGCCCUCCCCUUGAUCCCAACGCCAUGACCGAGGACCAGCUCCGCCAGAUGAUGCUCGGCUUCGACAGACCCGGUCCCGGCGGCGCAGGUGGAACCCCGCCCAUGAACCCUUUUGCGGGUCCUGGCGGUAUGGGAGCGGGCGGUGUGCCCGGCGGCGAGGAUGACCCCUUGAUGAAGAUGCUCUCGCAGAUGAUGGCAGGCGGUGGCGGCCCUGGUGGGAUGCCCGGCUUCCCUGGCGCCGGCGGUGCACAAGGUGGCUUCCCUGCCGGGUUCCCUGGUAUGCCCGGCAUGCCCGGCAUGCAAACCCCCGAGCAGGCCAAAGCCUCUUCGUCCGCCUACCUCUGGCGCAUUCUCCACGCCGUCUUCGCCAUCUCCCUCGGCUUGUACAUCGCCCUGACGACGACCUUCUCCGGCAGCAAGCUCGAGCGCGAGCGCACGGCGCUGGCGUACAAUUACCCCGUCGGCAGCGAUGAGUCGGUCACGGACGUCAACAGCAUGGAGAAGGGCCGCGAGGUUUUCUUCUGGAUCUUUGCGACCACCGAGGCGAUUCUUCUCACGACGCGCUUCUUCAUUGAGCGCGGACGCGCGCCGCCAGCAGGCAUGUUGUGGACCGUUGUUGGAUUCCUGCCGGGCAGCAUCAAGACUUAUGCCGAGACGGUGUUACGCUACGGGCAGAUUUUCGCCACGGUCAGGAGUGAUAUCCUUGUUUGCGUGUUCGUCUUAGGUAUUGCCUCAUGGGUGCGCGGUUGAUGGGGGUGGCGUUUGCUGCGUAGGGCCGUAGUAUCGCGAUAGGGACAUGCAGCCACAUUCCUAUCCUUCUCUGGCCGCGUUGCGAUUUAUCCAGCCAAUCCGUCUUGCAAUCAAUGGGACCCAAUGGAUUCACAGUUGCAAUAUUAGAGCGAGAAUGCCGUGGUUGCUCCAAACUUUAAAGGUUGGCGGCCCCUUUAGUGUAAAUUUGAUUCGAGUCGUCGCUACCGCUUUGGCUCAGCGCCACCCUGAGUAAGUCAGCAAGCAUGAGAUAUACAUGUAGUGACAACAUCGUUGCAUUCUCCGGAA